AUGCUCGCCAUUUGGGCUCCCAAGGUUGGGCCGCCGACAUUUCACAGCAAUUCCGCCUGCUAUGCGCAGCCCAUGGGCGGCCCAUCUGUCGUCCUCAGCAUGCUCACCACGGGUUGGCGGCUUUUGAUGGGUUGCAUUUGGUGGGCUGCCCGUGGGUAAUCGCCUAUGUGGGUAGCCCACGAUAGAUGGGCUGUGACCAUCGGCUGCCCAUGAUGGGCUGCCCACAACAAAGGCUGCCCAACAAGGCUGCCCAUGCGCACCCCACUAUUUGCUGACUUGCCCAUGACCUGCCGACAAUGUGCCGCCCAUUGUGGGCUGUCCAUGGUCUGCCCAGGAUAUACUAUGGUGGGCUGGCUGCUUGUGACCUGCCCACGAUGGGCUGCCCAUCGUAAGCUGCCCAUAAGCUGCCCACGAUCGGCUGGCAUCAUCCAACAGACUUACGGGAAAAAUGGGAACGUAUCCAAAAAUGAGAAUGGGCGUUUGUUUUUAGAAAGCAAACCACGCCUUUGCAACUCCCCCCAAAAAAGUUGACAGUGCUGUAGGUCUUUACAGCAGCUUUCGAAUGAGCUGUUGCUCAAGCUGUAUGUCCUCGGCAUCGCCGAGGUAGCCAGCAUCGCGAGAAAUCAGGUCGAAACCAGCACGAAUCGCUUUUUGCGCCCGUGAGAAGGCGUGAUAUGGAGCAUGGCGGUUCUGAUGAGCUCAUCUCACAGCUGGGGCGAAGGGGUUUCGCAGGAUAAUUUUGGUUCUGUGAUGCACCCGAUGGUUCUGAAGAAAAACGCCAAUUCUCAUUUUUGGAUACGUUCCCAUUUUUCCGCAAGUCUGUUAUCCGCUCGUGACCUGCCCACGAUGGGCUGCCCAUGGUGGGUGUCUCUUGAGCGCGUUUUUCUUGUAGGGUGUGGAUACCUACCAACAUUGGAUGUUGCGAUAUUUUGAGAAUUUGUUUUAGAGCUCUCAAUAGACGGGUGUGUACCCUUGCACGCAUGCUCAUGUAUGAAGUUCGACGACAUGGCUACGACAUGCGACCCAGAUGGUCUCAACAAAAUGAAUCAACACCUCCGACACCUAGUCCGCAAGGUACAGGGAAGUUCGUCCGCUUCAUGUGACCUAUUGGAUAUUCGUCUCCACUACAGUACACCACACAGAACUUUAUGGACAAAGCCCAAUCAAACACGUUNGAAAGUCGGUCAGUUUAAAACGGCCCUAAGUCAACAAAACUUUGGUCGAAACACUACAUACAGCUGAACUCUAGGCACGAACCUUAGAUGGAGAAAAACGAACAAAACCCCAACCUCAUCCACCCGANCCCGACACCGUGUCCGCAAGGUACAGGGAAAUUCGUCCGCUUCAUGUGACCUAUUGGAUAUUCGUCUCCACUACAGUACACCACACAGAACUUUAUGGACAAAGCCCAAUCAAACACGUUCACAUUAUUUCUUAUUUUGUUUGCCCUCCGACAAUUGCAGAUAAAUGCAGACAUACAUAAAAAGUCGAUCGUAAAGGCCGUCAUGCCAAGCCAAAUUAACUCGAUGCCCAAUAGCUAGGAAUGUUUGCCUCUAAGUACCGUUUUAAACGGACCGACUUUUUUGUCAAAAUUUUCGACAGCUGUCUUUCAACAACUUGGAACCUGUGUGCAUUCAUUUUAAACGUGUGACGUAGACUUGUGCAACUUGUGUAAAAAAAAAUGNUUUGCUCGUUCUGAGGCAACCCCCAUUCAAGCCCAUGUUCCCCCAGACCCCCGACACUGCCACCCCCUGUUCCUACUUCCUUGCCACCUUCAACCACAAGGGAACACGUUCACAUUGUUCUGCCCUUUUUUAGACUAUGAAACCAGCCUUUUCUGAUACAUCACUGACACUCACAACCCCCAACACCGUUGGUAUCAAGUGGUGCACGUACAAAGCGAAAACAGCUGUUGUUUCACAGAAUGCGGCGUCUUGCAGCAGCGGAGGUGGCGGUGCUGCUGUAGCUCGUAGACUUUGUAGUCUACCACAGAGGUUACACUGCUGUCACCGCUCUAUCACAGAGGUUGGUCUUCACUGCUGUGAGAUCGGUAGGCCCGAGCGAGCUUUGGGAAGAGAAAUGUAGAUAGAUGUUCUUAUCAACUGACUCCCUGGUCAGGCUUUGAUUGAUGGGUGCUAGAUGAGAGUGAGCACAAGGGGCGAAGGCGCGCUUGUGUCUCAUCUCAACAACAAAAC